GCCUUGGAGCUGAUAAGGCACCGCUCCGAGGACAGGGCAGGAGCCGGCGCUGCGUAGGGCUCGAGCUACAUCCCAAAUGUUGACACAGUCAUCAAUCGCUUCUUGCCGGCAAAGCAACUGAAGUGGACAGACUUGAUUCUUUUCCUUGCCAGAGGCCAGGAGCCCAAAUGGGGCUCCCUUGCAGCUUGUGGAAGAACAAGCACAUCUCACUCAGCACAUGUAUAUGUGAUUAAAAUCAUAUCUCGUGGGGCAGGUUUGUUUGUUUUCAUCUGCUUUGCUUUUUAACUAAUUUUAACUUUGUUGUCUCUUUAGGAAUCAGAAUAAAUCAAAUUUUUUUUCUUUUGUUUUUUCUUUUCCCCUGGGAGGCACUGCUCUGCAGCGGUUUUACUGAAGUUGCUGUAUGCUCACAGGGAGGUCUACACCAUUCCUGGUGCAUGAGAAAGGAAAACAGUUGAAAUUUUUAGAUCUGCUGACUUUAAGAAGUUGUGAAAUACCCUGUUGUUUCAAAUGUGCAUAAUUUUUUGCAAGUAUAUAACUGAAAAACUAAUCAUGAAGCCCCAAGAGGGCAUGAUUAGUCACUUGGUCAAAUAGAAUAGGAUUAAGCACUUGGUUAAUGAAUUAGUCCGAUUGACAGUAAAGUCACCCCACCCAGAUUAGAAAUAUUAGGAUGUAUGUAUUUAAAAAAAUACCUACUGGUAAUUCAUAGUUACAUGAAUUCUGUGUUACCAUUAUCUUGAAUUUUUUUUCCUUUCUGUCCCCGAUAGCCACUUGCAUCUCUGUUGUGUAAGGAGUUUUGAGUUUUGGUCGUGUUUGAUGGUGAUAAUACAGAUUAGCAAGGCUUUACAGAAGAGCAUUGGGGAUUAAUGGUCAUAUGUUGUCUAGAUGAAUUUCUAGGUACCAAGCAGAAGUAAUGUUAUGAAGUCAGUUGUUUCCAGAAUACUUUUCUGUAUGGAAUGGGAAUGUAACAAAAGCUGCACAUACUGUUCCUAAUAUAGGCUAUUUUUGUCCUUAUAACAGAGACUCUACAAGUAGACUUAGUGACUGUUCGAUUUGUAAUUGGAGGCCAAAUGUCAAAAUAUUUUCAUCCAAUAAAUUCGUUAAAUUAGGUUCUUGGACAAAAGUAACAGAGUAUUCCUGUUCUUUUUGUUUUGUUUUUGGUUUUUUUUCCCUCUGACAUCUCUCACAAUUGGUACUUUUAAAGAAUUUUACUCAUCACUUAAGUGGUUUACAUAUGUUUUGGGGUGUAAUUCACAGUUAAAAAAUCUUAAAGCAGUUCUUUUCUCCUGAAUCUAAUUUUUCUUCUAUGGGUGUGACUGCUCAGGGUUUUAAUGACAACAUCAAUUAAUUUAAUGCUGACUUCAGAUCUGGCUAGCAGUUGAUGUGUGUUACAUUCUUCUACAUGUUCACCUGCAAAAAGCUAUACUAAAGAUGCUGUGUUUGCUUGUUUGAGGAGGGAAGGAGUUUUAAGUCUGUUUCUUAAAAUUUCUUAGUUAAACUGAGGACCUCAUCUGUAGUUGUAACAAUGACAGAAUUGUAAAGUCUAAAAGGCAGUCCUCCACAGGGAAACAAGGACUUCCAUGUUGCUCUUCAACAUGGUUAUCAAGUACAUUGUUUCUUUAAAGGUUUUUUUUUCCCCUGAAAAUAGCUAUGCUGCCACAAAAGUAAGUAAUUUUUAAUGUAAUUCACUUUUACGUUAAUUUCCUUAAAGAUGAAAGUUGAAUUUUUUUGAUUAAUAAUCAAAAUUAAAGUAUUCCUGACUGUGACUGUCAACAGGGAAAGAGCUCCUAAUUCUUUCAGGCAACAUUUCUUGCUGCCAUAAUUUCAGGGUAUGAUCAUAUUACCUGAUAACAAGAGUGUUUGCCUGUUUCAUUAACAAACUUCAGUUAAACAAUCAAGUAAUGACUUGCUUCAGAAAAUAUGAUGUAGGCUUACAAGUGAUUUAAUGCUUUUUGAGCUUUUAGUAGCCAUGUUGCCCACGAAUCUCAUGAUCUGUGGAUGACUUCUAACUCUCAGGGAUAUACAUGCAUGUCUCAAGGGAGUUCAUUUACAUUUAACAUUGAUUGCAGCAGUAAACUUCCUCACCUACCCCACUUGCCUUGCAUUUUCAGAAUUUAUCUGCUAAAAUUGUUCAAUUAUCACUCUUUUUCAUAGAAAGGCUUGCAUAGCUGGAUUUUACUGAUGUAAGACCAUCUUAGUCAUCUGACUAUAGUUCCCAUCUGUGCAUCUUUUCAUGUUCUUAUUGAGAUAUUUAGAAAGCCAAGAAAAAUUAUGUGACUAGCCUAGCAGCUGAAUCAUUGUAUUUUAUGGCAAAUAUCAAUGCUGGCACAGGAAAUGCAAGAUACUAACUCAGGUCUUUCCAAAUAAUUGAGGGAGGAAGAGGAUUUGUAAACAGUUUGCAAUGUAAUAAUGGAAUCUUUAUCCAAGCAUUUCUAUAAUUUCAUAAUAAUAAUUUUGAAUUUUGGUUUUGGGGUUUUGGAGGACUUGCUAUUUGUUUUUAUUUUCAAAAAUUUUAUUUUUCAUUGCCUUUAUGUAAAUUACACAUUUUGCAGAAAUUGUCGUGAUGUCUUAAUUUUCGUGUCUCAUUAUUUCAUUAUAUCCCAUAUAUGUUAAUAAUUAUGGAUUAUGUUAUGAAAAACGCAUACAUAUUUUCAAAUAAAAGCCAUGAACAACUUGUAGUAAUUGAAGUAUAAAUUGGAAUUGUUUUAGUUGCUGAGCCACAUUAAAAAAAAACCAACCAAACAAUAAACUCAUUAAUAUUAGAAGAAGUUUUGAUUUUUUUUUAAUAGGCCUAAAUAUUACAUUUUCACUGUAUGGCAGUGCUUCCAUGUCCUGGUAACAUUGCAGUCUCAGUAGCCAAUGGUUUUAUUUGGCAUUGUCGACCAUAAGGCAAACUCCGUUUUAUUUAAUCUUUGACAAAUAAAAAUAAAUUUUAAUCUUCUUUCCUUUUUUUUUUCUGUAAGCUUAAAAUGAAUAAACAAUGCCCUUUUAAAAGCAUGACUCAUUCAAAAGUGCAUGUUAAAUAAGGAAUUGUUCAUUUAAUUGACAUGAUUCCUUUGCCAGUCUUUGUAUUGAUGUGUACACAUUAAUAAUUUUCGAUUCACAGUACAAGACUUGUGAUCAAAUACUACUGUUUUCCUCGAGAUAAAAAUCUUUGUUUUGCAACCAAUUUGCACAGAAUGUUUUUAGUAGUAUCUUAUGCCUGUUCUUUUGUAACUACAUAUUGUAUUUCCAGUGCAUUAAAUUUGUAGGUGUGUUUUUUACAGAAGCAGCACUGCAAAAAAAGAAGAUAAAAAGGCAGGAGUAAAUAGGAUUUAGAAUAAUUUUAAGGAGAAAAGAACAAAAGCCCAUCAGGGUAAAAGUAGUAGGAGGGGUAUUUCCUUUUACUCGUCUCAUUGAAAGCCUACGUUAACAAGAAUAGGAAAAGACCCCACCAAAAAUGCUAAUACUAGCUACACACUUGUUUUCUUUCAUUAUUGAUCCUCUAUGAAGAUAUUCCAAGUCAAGUAAAAUACAGCAAUAUAAGAUAAACUGACACAUGUAAUAAAAAAAUCUGAAUCACUUUUUAAUUUCCAUUAAUAGAAAUUAAACAUGUAUAACCAUUACAUUUCAAAGACAGCAUUGAACAGGGAUCAGGAGAAUACAUGGCAGAAAUUUUGGAUGGCUUUAUAUGGAUUAUGUUUACACUUUAAAAAAGUUAUUUAAUUUCCUAUUAAAAAGUAUAAAACCAUAGUGGCCGUUCCAGAGUGAAAUCUUUUGAAGAAGGUGAGUGGGGUGAAAAAUGUCAAUUUUGCUGACAGUGUGUACCCACUAGAAGAAGUGUGUUCUUUAUUGAUCAUUUCUUGCUUGCGUUCAUAAAGGUACAGUAUCAGUCUUGGGUUAUUAUUUUACUGUGUAUUUCUUUUCCUUCCCCUCCCUGAUAGGACUUUGAAAUGAUACAAGAUAAUUUAUCUUUUGAAUGGUUUCAUUCCAGUAGCCUACUUUGGGAUUAUUUGGGCUUUCAGCACACUGAUGUUGCCGUUUUCUAAAAUGCAUUUGAAUUGUUAUUUUAGUAAAUGAUUUUUAGUAAAUCUGAUACCUGUUCCUGGUUAUUUGACCAGUCUCUCAUGUAAGUGACAUAAACAAUUAGGUUACUGCAAAACUGUAAUUUCAGUUAAAUGUGUUUUCAGGUCUCUCAACACAGGGAACUUCAUUACAAGGCUUUCUGCUUUAUGUCUGAGGAAAAACAAGAUGCAACACAGGCACCAAAGUAAUAGACGACCAGCGGUUCCACUUGGAUCACGGAUUUUAACUGAUCCAUCUAAGGUCUUUGAGCAUAACAUGUGGGACCACAUGCAAUGGUCACAGGAAGAAGAGGAGAAUGCCAAGAAAAAAGCAACAGAGAACUCUCUUGUGAAAGUUCAGUCGGAAGACCAAGAUAAAUAUGAGAGAGAAGCCAGUAAAUAUUGGAAUGAAUUUUACAAGACACAUAAAAAUAACUUCUUCAAGGAUCGCAAUUGGCUGUUUCUGGAGUUUCCAGAAAUUCUUCCAGAAGAGAGGAGACAAGAGUUCAAAAGAGAAAAAAUAUAUUCAGAACAGACAAAAAUAAAUAAUGACAACAGUUUUUCACUCAAGAAUAGAAUGUUUGGAGAAGGAGAAAAAUACUGGAAGAAAAAUUAUGGAGGUGGUUCUACUGUGCAAGGAUAUGUAUAUAAUGAAAAUGAAGCAAAAGCUCUUACUGGCAAUCUUCAAGGUAAAAACUGUGGAGAAGAACUUGGCAAGGUAGAAUCCUUCCCUGGUUGUGAUGCCACUUACCGAAUAUUAGAGGUUGGUUGUGGAGCUGGAAACAGUGUCUUUCCUAUUCUGAAAGUUCUACGCAAUACACCUGGAACCUUUCUAUACUGUUGUGAUUUUGCUUCAGGAGCAGUGGAGCUGGUAAAGUCACAUUCGUCCUACAAUUCAGCCUGGUGUUCUGCCUUUGUUCAUGAUGUGUGUGAUGAUGCUUUACCCUAUCCUUUUCCAGAUGAGAUCCUGGAUGUCAUUCUCCUUGUCUUUGUGCUCUCUACUAUUCAUCCUGACAGGAUGCAAGGGGUUGUAAAUAGGUUGGCUAAGCUACUGAAACCUGGAGGAAUGUUGUUAUUUCGAGACUACGGAAGAUACGAUACAGCUCAACUUCGUUUUAAAAAAGGUCAUUGCUUGUCAGAAAAUUUUUAUGUAAGAGGAGAUGGAACCAGAGUAUAUUUCUUUACCAAAGAUGAGGUAUGGAACAUGUUCAACUUGGCUGGAUUAACUGAAGUACAGAAUUUAGUUGAUCGGCGAUUACAAGUAAACAGAAAGAAAAAAGUGAAAAUGCAGCGAGUUUGGAUACAAAGCAAGUUCCAGAAGCCGUUGCUAUCUCUGCAUAAUCCUGAAGAAACCACCAAAAGUCACCCUUGUAAAUAAUUGUACUCCAAAAAUGUAGUACAGAAUUGAACUUCAGAAACUGAAGCAAAUUGAAGUAUGUAUAUUUCCAGUAAAUGUUGUGUUAGCCAGUGAAAAGUAUAAAAAAGUUCAAUAAAUGUAU